AUGACAAAGAAGACCACUCUCUGUAGCAAGUUGUACAUGCCACUCAAAGACUAUCCAACUUUCAACUUAGAAAAAGCUGUUUGCAACCAUGGCUUUUUUAUGAUGGCUCCCAAUGUUUGGGAUCCAUCCACUAAACAAUUUACACGUCCAUUGAGGCUUGCUGAUUCCGUAAAUUCUGUCAAAGUUACCAUUUCACAACCACACGACUGCAGUUUGCUCCUUAUCGAAGUCCAUGGCAUGGAAUGCAUCUCCGAUCUAGACAAAGAAGCUAUUCGCGCUCAGGUUGCAAGGAUGAUGAGGCUGUCACCAAAGGAUGAAAAGGAUCUGCAAGAAUUUCAAAAUAUUCAUCCAAAAUUCAAGAACAUGGGUUUUGGUAGGAUUUUUUGUGCCCCGUCAUUUUUUGAAGAUGUUGUGAAGUCUAUGCUUCUUUGCUUUUGCAGUUGGCAGAAUUCACUGACAAUGGCUAAAAUGCUUUGUGACCUUCAAUCUGAGCUGUCUAAUGGUCUUGAAGACAACAAUUCUUGCACUCAAGGGAAAGGAUUGAAGAGGAAGCGCAAUGUUCCUGAAUAUUUUCCUGAAUCUACAGCGAAAAUACAGUCUGUAAGAAACUUUCCAAGUGCAAAGGAACUAGCCGGUAUAGAUGUUGAAAUUUUAAAAGAUCAUUGCAAGUUGGGAUUAAGAGCCAAGCACAUUCAUGAAUUUGCAAAAGAUUAUCAUAGAGGAAGAUACCGGCUGCGCAACUUUGAAAAAUGUGCAUCACACGAGGAAUUGUACCAGAAAUUGAUGAAAAUAAAAGGAUGUGGUGCAUAUGUUUCUAACAAUGUUUUGAUGUGCUUGGGAUUCUACGAAAAUGUUCCUAUUGAUACUGAAACUGUGAGACACCUACAGGAGGUUCAUGGAAGGAAAGAAUGCACUUUGAGAAACGCCAAAGCAAUCACAAAACAGAUUUAUGGGAGUUUUGCACCCUUCCAGUGCUUGGCUUUCUGGUUUGAGCUUACCAGAUUUUAUGAGACCAAAUUUGGGAGAUUAAGUCUGUUACCAAGUUCGAGAUAUGGCAUUGUAACUGGAAGUCAGUGUGGAAGGAAAAACUCAGAAGAAAAUGAAUGA